UUUUUCCAAAUUCUCGUGUACCCUCGUUUAAACCCUUUCGGGGCCAAAAUCCUGCUAUCAUAGACAGCAAUAGCGAACCUUCGCUCAUCUUCUUCUUCACUUCACCUUCUCCUAAUCAACAUUUUCGUGGUGGUAGUUCGUAGCUGUUACUAAUUGAGCCCUAAUAUACCAACACUUUAGUUUAGUUUAGUCACCCAUUCUUCUCUUUCUUUUCAUCCUGCUCUCUCUCUCGUUGGGAUGAACCUUCUCUCUCUAACAUCGUCACUUUCGCUUUGUUAUUGUUCAUUUCCUGCUCUAACCACACUUCCUACCUUUCCUUCUUCAUACAAAUGCACAUCUGGCGCAGUUUUAAGGAGAUGUGUGAAACGGGAAAAGGAAGAGGAGCUUCUACAAGGGAUGCCCAAGGAGUACUAUGACGAUGAAUGGCAAGCCCAGCAACGAAAGAAGACCAAGGAGUUGCAACGGAGACGCAGACAGGAAGAAGAGGAAGAAGAAAGAAAGAUGGGAGAGUAUCGUGAAAUUGGCUUACGGUUGAAGGAAUACCCAGAAGAAGAUGUCAUUAAAGCAAGGAAACUAGUUGCAAGCUUUCUCAAGGUUCCUGAAGAAGUGGAAGAGAGAAUUGAGGAAGCUGCUGAGAAAGGAGAGCUUACUGAACUUGUUUUAAUGGUCAUAUGGAAUCGGCUUGAUAUUGCUCGGCGCGAUGAAGAAAAGGAUGCCAUUAGAAGUCUGGAUCUGUUAUACAGAAGGGCUGAGACUGAGAUCUUGAAACGAGAGGCUACCCCUGCGAUGAGAUUGCUGAAUGAUCUUUUGAUUAUGUAUGACGGCCAUGAUUUUGAACAGUGGCUAAAGAAAUGUAAGAAGGUCAUGGUUGAUGCAUUUCCUCAGGAGGAUCCAUUUAGUAUUCUUGUUCCACCAGGAUUGGAGUCAUUCGACAUAGAUAAGCAUCAAGGGCCAUUGAGACCAUCCCUUGAAGAUGAUGAAAUCCUUUUGAGGGUGGACUUCGUAAGGGAGGUGGAUGAAUUGCUGCGAGAGGUUCGUUCUGAAAAGAGUGAAGUACAAAAUGAAUCAGGGUUUGAUCUUGAAUCUGUUGCAAAUAGACUGAAACAACAGGAGAAGCAACAAACAAUACGCCAAGUUGAAGCUCUGCUAGAUUUAGCCGUAGGUUUGAAAUGGUAACUAUUUUGUCCUAGAUAGCAUUUUGGUUCAUAUUGCAUUUAGUGCUAGUUAUGAAUAGGAAUUGGCGUGAACUGCAAUUAGCUUCCUUUUAUGAUGAACGUAUGAGUAUAGUACCAACCAAAAAAAGAAAAACCAGGACAUACAAUAAAUGUAGCCAUGUCAAUUUGGGUGACCCUCUAAAGGUAUAGACGUAUUAGAAUUUAGAAAUAAACUUUGGAUUUCCAUACAAAA